AUGAGAGAAUGCUUUCCAUUUCUAAAUAAAUGCCAUUACAAGUAUAGAUGGGGUGUGCUUGGAUUUUGUAUUUGGCUUGUAUUAGGAGCAUUUUAUUGUUUUGAUAUUCCUACUUCCUUACACAACACACUAUAAACACAUUUUAGUGAUAUAAUGACAGCUGAAGCUUUUGAACUUUAUUAUGGUGGUUUGUAUAGUUUAUAUUCAUUUGCAAAUAUUUUUCUUCCAUUUAUUAGCGGAAGUAUGAUAUAGUUUUAAUUUAGAAAUUAGGGAUUAAAAGGGUGACAGAAUUGUAUUAAUUCUUAUGGUGGUUUUGGUAAUGAUAGGAUAAUUAAUAUUUGUAUAUGGAGUUCAUCUAAAGAGCUUCAUGAUCAUGUAUUUAGGCAGAAUCAUAUCUGGUUGGGGUAUAGAAUCUGUAGUUCCUACUUAAACAUCAUUUAUUUCUCCAUAUUUUAAAGAUGAUUAUUUGGUAUCAUCCAUUUAUAUUUUAGGGAUUUGCUGUUGGUUUAAAUGAAUUUUUUGCAACUUUAGGAUCUAUAUUAACAAUGUAUUUAUGCCCAAAAUUGGCUUUAGAAUAUGGUUUAUUAGUAGCAGUAUCUAGUGGAAUAUUCUUUAACUCUUUUAGCUUAAUAUGCGGAAUAAUUACUGUGAUUUUGGAUAAACAUGCAGAGAAACAUCUUUUGGAUUAAGUGAAUUAUGAUUAAGUUAAAUAUUCUGUUUUAAGAUCUUCAGAAAAUAGAAGUCCAAGAUAAAGUGGAGCAAAUAAAAAAUUAGGGAUAAAUAAUGAUAAAGAUAAUAAUAAUGAUUAGAAUAUAUAAGGAAAUAUAAUUGAAGUAGAUGAAAAUUAAUUAAUAAAUUAAAAUGGAGUUGAUGGUUAAAUUAUAUCUUAGCCUGAUGUAAUUUAAGCUGUUGAAAUGUUUCCAAAAAUAUUUUGGUUUGUUAGUUGGUGUUAUGCAUUAAUUUAUAGUUCAGUAUUAGGAUUCAUAAAUAUUUCAGUUGGAUUAUUAUCUGAAAGAUGGUUUGGUGUUACUGAAGAAUCAGAAAUUGAAGCUGGAUUUGUAGUUUCAAUUAUGUGGUUUAUAACUGGACUCUUUACUCCAUUAUUUGGUAGCUACACAGAUAAAUAUGGUUAAAGAUCAUUAUUAGUAUGUUUAUAUUAAAUAUUACAUAGUUAGUAUUUGCAAGCUUGUUAUGUACUUUCUCUCAUUUAAUGAUUUGGUAUGUUUUUCCAUUUUUAUCUCUUAUUUUACUUGGAACAUCUUUAGCUCUAGCAUUUGCAUCAGCAUGGACAGGAAUUGUAUUUUUGGUUAGACCAGAUACUUUAGGUAAAGCAUAUGCAUUAGUUAUUGCUGUAUAUAACUUUACAUUCACUCUAGUACCUCUUGCUGUUGGUGCUUUAAGAGCGUAUUUAAUUUUUAUUAUAUUAGAUAUUAUGGAACAUAUUUUUAUUCAUAAAUUAUGUUAUCUAUUUUAGGAGCUAUAGCAUUUAUUCUAUCUAUUUUUAUUUAUUAAUUAGAUAAAAAUUAAGAAAAUAUUCUUGAUGGAAAUGGAUAAUAUGCUAUCAGUGCAACCAGCUUGGAAAAAAACUUCCCAAAUGAAAAUGCACAUCUAAAAGAAGAUUGA